AUGUUAACACCCAGGAUACCAGGUACACCAAGAGACUUCCACUGGCCCCAAAAAAAUCUGGUACAGGCAGAAACAACAAGACACCACUGGAGCUACACAGAGCCCUAAAACACCUGUCACCUGUCACCUGUCACCUGCCACCUGUUACCUGCCACCUGUCACCUGCCACCGUCACCUGCACCUCCACCUGCCACACUGUCACCUGCCACCUGUCACCGUUCACCUGCACCGUCACCUGCCACCUGUCACCUGCCACCUGUCACAUGUUCCCACCUGCCACCUGUCACUUGCCACCUGCCCACCUGUCACCUCGUCACCUGCCACCUGCCCCACCUUCACCUUCCACCUGCCCACCUGCCACCUGCCACCUGUCACCUGCCACCUGUCACCUGCCAUCUUCACCUGUCACCUGCCACUCCCACAACAAGAACAUUCCCACUGUCCCAAAAAAACCAACCACCAUCAGACCACCAUCAGACCCCAAUCAGACCCACCAUGCAGAACCACCUUCAGCACCCACCAUCAGACCACCAUCAGACCCACCCAUCAGACCCACCUUCAGAACACCAACAUCAGACCACCUUCAGACCAAACAUCAGACCCACCAUCAGAACCAUCAGACCCACCAAUCAGACCACCCGAUCAGACCCCCAUCAACCACCAUCAGACCACCAUCAACCACCUUCAGACCAACAUCAGACCACCUUAGACCCACCAUCAGACACCACCAUCAGACCCCCAUCAGACCACCUUCAGACCAACACUCAGACCACCCUCAGACCACCAUCAACCACCAUCAGACCACCUCAGACCAACAUCAGACCACCUUUCAGACCACCAUUGACCACCAUCAGACCACCAUCAGACCCCCAUCAGACCACCAUCAGACCACCAUCAGACCACCAUCAGACCACCAUCAGGGCCCCCAUCAGACCACCAUCAGACCACCAUCAGACCACCAUCAGACCAAUUCAGACCACCAUCAGACCACCAUCAGACCCCAUCAGACCCCCAAUCAGACCCCACCCAUCAGACCUAACCAUCAGACCACCAUCAGACUAACCAUCCAGACCACCAUCAGACUAACCAUCAGAACCAACCAUCAGACCCACCCAUCAGACCCCCAUCGAGACCCCCAUCAGACCACCAUCAGACACCCCCAUCAGACCACCAUCAGACCACCAUCAGACACCACCCAUCAGACCCCCAUCAGACCCCAUCAGACCAACCAUCAGACCACCAUCAGACCACCAUCAGACCGACCAUCAGACCCCCAUCAGGACCAAACCAUCCAGACGCACCAUCAGAACCCCCAUCAGACCACCAUCAGACCCAACCAUCAGACCAACCAUCAGACCACCAUCAGAUCCCCAUCAGACCCCCAUCAGACCCCAUCAACCACCAUCAGCCCACCAUCAGACCACCAUCAGAACCCCCAUCAGACCACCAUCAGACCACCAUCAGCCCCCCCAUCCAGACCCCCAUCAGACCACCAUCAGACCACCAUCAGGAUCCCCAUCAGACCCCCAUCAGACCACCAUCAGACCACCAAUCAACGACCCCCAUCAGACCACCAUCAGACCCAACCAUCAGACCCACCAUCAGACUCCCAUCAGACCAACCAAUCAGACCACCAUCAGACCACCAUUCAGACCCCCAUCAAGAACCCCAUUCAGAACCCAAACCAUCAGACCACCAUCAGACCACCAUCAGACCCCCAUUCAGACCCCCAUUCAGACCCCCAUCAGACCACCAUCAACCCCCAUCAGGACCCCCAUCAGGACCAACCAUCAAGACCCCCAUUCAGGACCACCAUCAGACCACCAUCAGAACCACCAUCAGACCCCAUCAGACCACCAUCAGACCACCAUCAGACCAACCAUCAGACCAACCAUCAGACCUACCAUCAGACACCAUCAGACCACCAUCAGACCCCCAUCGGACCCCCAUCAGACCACCAUCAGACCAUCAUCAGACCCCCAUCAGACCCUCACUCAGACCCCCCAUCAGACCACCAUCAGACCAAUCAUCAACCACCCCAUCAGAUCCCAUCAGACCCCCAUCAACCCCCAUUCCAGACCCCCAUCAGACCCCCAUCAACCACCAUCAGACCACCAUCAGAACCACCAUCAGAACCACCAUCAGACCACCAUCAGACCACCAUCAGGAACCACACUAAACUUCCAAGGCUCCGAAACGAAACAGAAGCCAAGCGAGACCAGAGGAAGAAUCCUCUCUCCUGCCGUGCGAUCCGUGACAUAGAG